AUGGUGAUUUCCAGACCUCCUCCAGAACUAGGUGGGGACCAGUUCAGGAUCCUAAUCUUUCUGCUGCUUCUAGCUUCCACAGCCACCCUCAAUGCUGCCAACAUCCCUGUGCCCCCAGACUGUGGGAAGCCCCAGCAGCUGAACCGGGUUGUGGGUGGUGAGGACAGCACAGAUGCCCAGUGGCCCUGGAUCGUGAGCAUCCGCAAGAAUGGUACCCACCACUGUGCCGGCUCCCUGCUCACCAACCGCUGGGUGGUCACAGCUGCACACUGCUUCAAAGGCAAUGUGGACAAGCCAUCUUUGUUCUCCAUACUGCUGGGGGCCUGGAAGCUGGGAAACCCUGGCCCACGGUCCCAGCAGGUGGGUAUUGCAUGGGUGCUGCCCCACCCUGGGUACUCUUGGAAGGAGGGAACCCAAGCGGACAUUGCUCUGGUGCGCCUGGAACACCCCAUCCUGUUCUCUGAGCGGAUCCUGCCCAUCUGCCUGCCUGACUCCUCUGUCCGUCUCCCUCCCAACACUGACUGCUGGAUUGCAGGCUGGGGAAGCAUUCAUGAUGGAGUGCCCUUGCCCCACCCUCAGACCCUGCAGAAGCUAAAGGUGCCCAUCAUCGACUCGAAAGUCUGCAAAAGCCUGUACUGGCGGGGAGGAGGACAGGAAACCAUUACCCAAGACAUGCUGUGUGCUGGCUACCUGGAAGGCGGGCGAGAUGCUUGUCUGGGCGACUCCGGGGGUCCCCUGAUGUGCCAGGUGGAAAGUGCCUGGCUACUGACUGGCAUCAUCAGCUGGGGCGAGGGCUGUGCAGAGCGCAACCGACCUGGUGUCUACACCAGCCUCCUAGCCCACCGCUCCUGGGUGCAGAGGAUCGUGCAAGGGGUGCAGCUGCGGGGGCACUUGGGGGGCAGCAAGACCACCAAGCGCUCCUAA